AUGGGUUUGCAGAAGGAGGUCGUGUCGCCCAACACAAGGCGGUUCCAAGACUACUUCCUUAGUAGAUUACUCAAGAAGUUCCCAUUCUUGGUAGAGGCAUGGUAUUGGGCCUUGAUAUACUGGGUCUACCAACUCGGUCGAGCCUUCAGCGCCGUGACCAUGGUCGAAGGCACCGUCACUGUCGCCCGCCGACACGCCCUCCAAAUCAUCGCCCUCGAGCAACGCCUGCACAUCUUCCUCGAACUCGACGUCCAGCGCUGGUUCCUCCAACACCCCUUCCUGAUGCACUGGACAAACCGCAUCUACUCCUUCGUCCACAUUCCCGGCACCAUCCUCUUCCUCGUCUGGCUCUUCUUCUACACCACCACGCAAUCCCGCAUCGAUCUGCCCACCCACACCCGACCCAAGAACGACGAUAUUUCCUCCGCCGGCCCAAAACUCUACGCCGCCAGACGCAGAACUAUGGCUACGUGCAAUCUUAUUGCGUUUAUUGUCUUCACCCUCUGGCCCUGCAUGCCCCCGCGCCUCCUCUCCGACGCCGCCGUCCCCGGCGCAAUCGGCGCACAAGCGCGCUCAUACGGCUUCGUGGAUACCGUGCACGGCGCCGAGGACGAGAGCAGCGUGUGGACGCAGAACAAGUUCUGCAACCAGUACGCCGCGAUGCCCAGCCUGCACUUUGGCUACUCGCUGCUCAUCGGGCUAACCAUCAUGACCAUCCCGCUCGCGCCGCAGCACCGACGGAGUCGCACUGUACACUUGACAAGAAGCUUGCGCGUGCGUUUGCCGGCGCCGCGAAGGCUGAUGUGUUUGGCACUGGGGGUCGCAUAUCCGGCGAUUAUCCUGGUCGCGAUUGUGGCGACGGCGAAUCAUUUUGUGCUGGAUGCCGUGGCGGGCGCGAUUGUGUGUGGGUGCGCGUGGACGGGGAAUCGUGUGUUGUUGAAUUUGCUGCCGUUGGAGGACUAUUUCCUCGCGGUUGUGAGGAUACACAAGCCCGAGCGCAGGGUGGUGUGGCUUGAUGGCGCCGAGAGGGUAGGUGGGGAGAAGGGGAGUGGGAAGGGGGUGGUUGUUGAUUGA